AUGCUGGCGGGGCGGUGGCGGCUGGAGGGGCGGCGGUGGCGGCGUGCCGAGCCAGCCGUGGUGCUCCACGCUCUCUACAACUACGCGUACCGUGCCGAGGACGGGCGGCAGGUGGCCAUGGCCGCUGGCGAGCAGUUAUUGCUGCUCCACAAAGCCAACGAGGACUGGUGGCAGGUGAGACGGGCCGGUGAGCCCCGCUGGGCUCGGCCCUUCUUUGUCCCUGCUACCUACGUGGCCGAGCUGGACCCUGGUGACACUGGGAGACGGAACACGCUGCCCCCCAGCCAGCCUGUGGGCACGGGCCUGUCACCGCAGAAGAGUUGGGGGGUCUCCUGGGGGGUACUGGCCGGGAACAGCCUCAUCUUCUACAAGGAGCCCAAGGGGCCGGCACCCACUGCCUGGUGUCCUGCCAGCAGCCGCCCGGAGAGCAGCAUGGAUUUGCGGGGCGCUGUCCUGGAUUGGGCCCAUGACCUCUCCAGCAAGAAGAACGUCCUCCACCUCCGCACUGUGACGGGCAAUGAGUUCCUGCUACAGUCGGACCAAGAGGCCACCAUCCAGGAGUGGGCCCAGGCCAUCCGGGGGGUCAUCCGCCGGCUGGACCUGGAGAACCCCAUGGACAUGCCUGUGGGGUGGCUGCACCAGGGGGACGUUGGGGACCUGGUGGAGUUCAGCGGGGACGAGGAUGAAGCACCACGGGUCACUGAGGGGGCUGGGGCUCCAGGUGCCCCCCAUGCCCCCGAUGCCUCGGAGAAGAAGCGGGUGAAGAGCAAGCUGAGGCGCUUCAUCAUCAAGCGGCCCCCUCUCCAGAGCCUGCAGGAGAAGGGGCUGAUUCGAGACCAGGUUUUUGGGUGCCGCCUGGAUGCCCUGUGCCAGCGGGAGAGCACCACUGUGCCCCGCUUUGUCCGGCUCUGCGUGGAGGCUGUCGAGGAGAGAGGCCUUGACGUCGAUGGGAUCUACCGGGUCAACGGGAACCUCUCUGUCAUCCAGAAACUGCGCUUUGCUGUGGACCGGGAGCGAGCCGUGACCUCGGACGGGCGCUACGUCUUCCCUGAGCAGCCAUGCCAAGAGGAGCGGCUCAGCCUGGCAGACCCCGAGUGGAGCGAUGUCCAUGUGGUGACUGGUGCCCUCAAGCUCUUCUUUCGGGAGCUGCCCGAGCCCUUAGUGCCCUACAGGCUCUUCGACCCCUUCAUUGAAGCCGUCAAGCUGCCGGACCCUCAGGAGCAGGUGAAGCGGGUGGCUGAGCUGGUGCAGAGCCUGCCCCCCCCUAACCAUGCCACCCUCCGCUACCUUCUGGCUCACCUCCGCCGCGUGAUGGAGCGGGUGGAUGUCAACCGCAUGACACGGCAGAACAUCGGGAUCGUGUUCGGGCCGACGCUGCUGCGGCCAGAGCGGGAGCCGGGCAGCCUGGCAGUGGACAUGGCCCAGCAGAACCAGGUCGUGGAGCUGCUGCUGGCACACUUUGACCACAUCUUCCCCACGCCCUCCUGAGCACGCCUGUCCCCCCGCCUCAAAUUCAGGCACACUGCUCUUGCUGCCAGUGCUCCUUCCUACCCCCAAGUCCUCUGCCCCAUGUACCUUUGACUCUGCAGUAAACGAGCACCUUCCCCGGCACCA